AUGGAUGAUUUUCAUCAUCGUAGAAUGCGUCAAUUUCGAAUUGCAUAUACUGCAACUUUAUUAUUAAUUAUUAUCGUCAUUAAUUAUGCUUUAUUUAGUCCAAAUUGGCGAGAUUUGAUAUUUUCUGAUAGUUAUUAUUUGAUAAAUCCAUAUGAUAAUGAAACGAUAAAAGAGAGUGUAGCAAUGGAAAUGGCUAAUGUCACCAUAAAUGUCGCAAAAUUUUUAAAUGAACCAAAAUUAGUGAUACCACGACGAAUGGAUGAAAAUGAUAUGAUAAAUUCAAAUUGGAGUAUGGAAAUGGAUUUAAUUGAAAAUUAUUCAAUUUCAAAAAAUAUUUAUAAUUCAUCAUUUAAACAAUUGAAUAAUACAAAUCAAUUUUGUUCCUUAUGGUAUUCGGAAAAGCCAAUAUCGGAUACUAUUGUUAUGGUUUUAAUUAUUUUUAUAAGCCUUCUUGAUUUUGUGGCUUUAAUAAUAGCACUAAUUGAUUAUGAUCUUCAACUUAUGUGCAAAAUGUCACCUGUCGCAUCGUUAUUACAAUUAAAUUUGAUUUUAGCAUUUUUUUUAACCACUGCUAUUGCUUUAUAUGCUUAUCAAAAUAAGGAAGCUCUUGAUAAAAUAAAUCACGUCGUGAAACAAUUAGCAAAUGAUCAAAUAUCAACCAGGUGUACACGUAACGUUGACGUAAGUGUCGGAAGUGGCUUUUAUUUUGGUUGCGUGGCCUUAUUCAUACAUUGGAUUCUUAAUUUCGGCACUGCUUUAUACUGGAAAUGGCCACAAAUUUCACGUCUAAUUGCAAAUUUCUAA